ACAUUCCUAGAGCGGACGAUACAUAUAUCCAGGAAAUUAUGAAAAUGAUGGCAGUGCAAAAGGACAAUAAUGGACAUUCAAUCAAUGAUUUUAAUGCUAAAUCCUCUCAUUCUCAAGGCUCACUGGCAUCCAAGGAGAUGACAACACUGGAUAGUAUUGUGGCAAAAUUUAGAAAUCAUACUUAUGCUGAGUCUACCAAAAAGACGUAUCAGAACUAUUUAAAAUCCUAUAUGGAAUUCUGUAGAAGAAUUAACAUUGCCCUUGUUCCUUUGAGUCCUUUGAACUUAGCAAGAUAUGUAGCCUAUUUGUCUGCGAGACUACAGUUUAACUCCAUAAAUAAUUACUUGUCAAUUAUCCGUUUGUUACAUUUAGAAGCAGGGAUUACGUCUCCAUUGGAGUCAUUUUUUAUGGAUUCGGUACUAAAAGGUGCUAAGCGUGUAUUAGGAUGCACAGUUCAUAGCAAAUUGCCUUUAACGCCGAAGAUUUUAAAUGAAAUAUUCACUUUGUUGUCAUUAAGCAGUAGUAAGGACUUAUGCUUUUGGGCAGCCUGCUUAGUUGCCUUCUUUUCCUUUUUAAGAAAGUCAAAUUUAUUUGCUCCGUCUCUUUCAGCUUUUGAUCCUGUGCGACAGUUAUCUCGAGAAGAUAUCACUUUUCAUGCAGAGGGUGUCCGAUUAAGAGUAGUGAAAACCAAAACCAUUCAAUUUUCAGAGCGUGUGUUAGAAAUCCCACUUCCAAGAGUGAACAACUCUCAUUUAUGUCCCUCUAAGGCUCUCCUUCUUAAUUUCAAGCAGGUACCAGCCAUAAGCUCCCCAUCACCGGUCUUCUUGUACUUAGUGCAGGGCAAGGUAACACCUCUUACCUAUGCCACCUUUGUAAAAAUGCUAAAACAUAACUUAUCAUUGUUAAAUUAUGACAGCACCAAAUAUUCGGGACAUAGUUUUCGUAGAGGGGGAGCUUCCUUUGCCUUAGAAUGUGGGAUACCAGCUGAUCAUAUUCAGUCUCAGGGUGAUUGGAAAUCAGAUGCAUAUAAGUUAUACUUGGAUCCUUCCUUUGCUCAUCGACAGAAAGUCAUGAAUAAAUUUGCUGCGGCCCUUGGGAAAUAAAUAACUAUACUUACCUACCCCUACUGGUUCCACUUUACAUGUUUGGGAAGUUUGGAAUACCACAGAUUGUUCAUUAAUUAAUUUGUGUAUUGUUUGAAAACUGUACUGUUGUUUGUGGUUUUAUUAAUAUGAAAACUAUAAGCAUUAAACUGUGGUUCUUUUCCCAAACAUGUGUUUGUUUUACUUAAGUACCCAACUGGAUUCACUGGUUUCUAGACUGCAUUCCGAACAGAGUAGGUCAGAUGCUAUUCUGCAUCCGUUCUGAAUCUGGUCUAGAUUCCAACACAUUACACUGUCAGUUAAGGGGGGGAGGGGGGCUUAUUUCUGAAUGCUGUAGAUUAAUGUGGUAUUUUUAUAUAAAUAAAAAUUGAGUAUUAAUACACAGUAUAGUGAAAUGCAAUUCAUCCUUGUGAUUGCAUUGCCUCUUAUCAACAACAUAUUAAGUUACUUCAUAUCAGGAUACAGUCAUUUAUGGAAAUGAGUGUAUCCUUAGCUUUGUAUGUCAUUGUAAACUUUUAACCAAUGAGAAGAUUGGGUUUUCCUAGUUGCUGCUGUUGAAAUCUCGUUCCCUAAUUGUGUAGUGAGAUUUAGUUAGAGAACCAAUCAGAAUAGGGCGCUCAUUUCAAAAUGUCCAAUCAGAUAGUUAAUUAAUUACUGUUGGUUCUUUGUUCUAACAAUUGCGCGUCUUCAUAGGCAUUCAAGCUAAUUCAGUUGCAUGAAGCAGAAGCAUUAUAUUUUUGCAGUUGGAAAUUUUUAAAUCCCAUCCUCACCCACCCUUUAAAGGGCUUGAUAUUUGUUUUAUUAUUAUUGUAUCAAUUUAUUUUGUGUAUAUAAAUAUGUUUAGAGUAGUUUGACUUACAAGAACACACAGUUUUGUAUUCAUAAUAUGUUAGUUUUUAUAUGGAAUACCACAGAUUGUUCAUUAAUUAAUUUGUGUAUUGUUUGAAAACUGUACUGUUGUUUGUGGUUUUAUUAAUAUGAAAACUAUAAGCAUUAAACUGUGGUUCUUUUCCCAAA